UUUUUCGCUUAUAUAUUUGACGUAUCUGUCAAAUAUGUAUACAUUGAGGUUAUGUUAAUGUUAAAAAAUGUUUAAAUUUAAUUUUAAUACUGAAGAAGUUUCAAAGGAUAUUUCAGUUCCCACUGAAGAAAAAUGGGUUAAUUCAAAACAAAUAUCACCAAACUCUUUGUUAAUAAACCAAUUUCUUAACCAUAAACACAUAGAAUUUAUUACCAUUGAGAUUAAAGACGUUAGUAUUCGUUAUAUUAAACCAAAAACGAUGUUAGAAGUAUUAAAAGAUGCAAAUUUAAAGAGUGAAAUUUUACAAGCAGAUACAAAUCACUCCGAUUUAAUAACAGGUGUUUACGAGGGUGGAUUAAAAGUUUGGGAAUGCACUUACGAUUUAGCACAUUUUAUUUGUGAUAAUCAAAUGGAUUUUAAAGAAAAAAAAGUUUUAGAUUUAGGGUGUGGAAUGGGGAUUAUUGGAAUAUUGACACUUUUACAUGGUGCUAGUGUUGAUUUUCAAGAUUAUAAUUCUGAUGUAAUUAAUUACAUUACAACAUUAAACAUGUACCUUAAUACUGAAUUAAGUAAAGAGAUGAGAGAAAAAUGUCGAUUCUUUUCAGGAGAUUGGAGUUAUUUUUGCGAAAAUUUAAGCAAUGAUCCUAAUAAUGUUAAAUAUGAUUGUAUUUUUACAUCGGAAACGAUUUAUAAUACAGAUAAUUAUGUUAAAUUAAUUAAUGUGUUUAAUCGUUGUCUUAAAAAUGACGGUGUAAUAUAUUUGGCGGCAAAAUCGUAUUAUUUCGGUGUUGGUGGAGGUUUAAAACAAUUUGAAGAUGUUUUAAUUAACGAUGGUAAUUGGGAAAUAAAAACUGUUUUUAAGUUAACAGAAGGAGUAACUAGAAGUAUUCUGCAAAUUAAUCGACGAUGUUUACAAAAUAAAUGAAUUUUUUGUUGAGUUAA